GAUUUUGCGCCCACUUCCGAUUUCCUUAAACUCAUCCCCGCCAUGGAUUACUCGGUUGGAGUAUCCUCAAAUCCCUUUUUGGUGUUACAGGUAACGUAUUUCAAAUGUGGUGGAGUGUCACUUUCAGUCGGAGUGGACCACCGAAUUGUAGAUGGACCAUCUAGUCUACACUUUGUAAAUACAUGGUCUGCUGUCGCUCGUGAUGAUCUUGAUCUCUCAAAUAUUAAACCACCCUUAAUGAACAGGAUGUUACUUCGUGCCCGAGAUCCACCUCAGCCAGCAUUUCCUCACGUUGAAUAUCAACCUUUUCCACAGAUGAAAUUAGCUUAUGAUCAUCUGAAAAGCACAAGUAAAAUUACUACGUCCAUUUUUAGAUUUACGCGGGAGCAGCUCAACAUCUUGAAAGCCAACUCUGUGGAAGAUGACGGUGGGAAUAUUAAUACAAUCAAGUAUAGCACAUUUGAGGUGUUGGCAGGUCAUCUUUGGAGAUGUGCUUGCAAGGCACGUAAACUGCCAGAUGAUCAAGACACCAAACUUCUCAUUCCCAUUGAUGGACGGUCGAGAUUUCAACCCCCACUCCCACCAGGUUUCUUUGGCAAUGUCAUUUUUAGAGUCGCACAAAUUGCUGCAGCUGGGGAUCUCCAGUCCAAACCAACAUCGUAUGCUGCAAGCUGUGUUCAUAAUGCUUUGGUCCAGAUUGAUGAUGAUUAUCUCAGAUCAGCCGUUGACUAUCUU